AUGCAUAGUCUUCCAAACUUAUGGAAUGCCAACGAUGAUUGGACUGGCAUCACCAGCAGAGCAGAAAGGAAGAAGAGGCAAAACCGUUUAAAUCAAAGAGCUUGGCAUGUUGUUGUGCCUCCGUCAAAACCCCACGAAUACGAAGGAGCGUUGAUUCUAACAAAGCCUGAACACAAAUUGCAAGUCUUAGAUCUCAUCAAGAAAGCUUAUCAGGACUAUACGCUGCAGACACCACAGGUAGAAAGUCUACAUAUGUUGGUCCGACUGAAUACUCUCAAUGCUUUUGCUCGAAAUGCUGAUCACAUGGGAUUACCGUGGGAGGGCCUUUGCGAAGUAGACCUAGUGUCACCUUUUAACAGACAAAGUCCCAGCUUACCGGGCUGUUUCGCAAUCUCCCCAAAUUGCCCUGCCUCUCUACAGCCCACAUCUUUGCAGCAGAAAAUCAUUCAUCACCCAUGGAUCGAUCUGCUUCCAUUUCCACAAAUGAAAAACAACAUUCUUCUUGCGAUUAAGUCGGGUUUAUUAGACGAGGAUGACCUGUGCGACGAUAUUUUGGAAGUUUGGGUUGCAGACAAAAACCAGAGACCUUCACUCAUUACCUGGGGUGAGUCUUCAAAUACGAUGGCAUGGGAGAUAUCUUUGCCAUUCCUACGCAAAUGGGGGUGGUUACUUGCAGGUUGCCGCGAUAUCUUUGAAGCCACAAAUUACUGGCGAGAAAGACGUGGUCAAGCAAAGAUUAAUUUUGAGAAAAUUCAGGAAAUAAUUGCCAAUGAAACGUCAGUCUGA